AUGGCACCUACAUCGAUCACUAAGAUCGAUAUUCCCGACCUCAUCUUCUCCUCUCUCGAACUCGAUUCUCGGUCCUCCAAGCCCAGUGAGCUGUUAGACUCGCCUAUGGUUAAGCGAAGUGCAUCUGAUUUUGGACUGGACAAUCCCCUCCUCCCACGCAAUGAUGAUGCAUCUCCAAUACUCUCGCCUAUGGACACUUUCAGAGUUCUCACUGCAAGAGACACUCAGCCAACAAAGGAGACGAACCCAGGUGCGGGCUCUGUUGAUCCUAACGACAUCAAUAUGAAAGGCAUCCAAGCCGUUUUCGCCUUAAUUGGUGUUGCUUUCGUCGUUGGAAUCAUCUGGUUCUUUUUCUGGGCGAAGAACGGUGGAUUCAAGUUUCAAAAGGGAGACUGGGAUGAGUACAAAUCCACUGUCUUGCGUCGAAAAGGGCCCAAUGGUACCACUCUCAGUAACGCAACCAAGAGCACGGCACUUGGUGGUGGCAGUGUGGUCGGAGAUGGAUAUUCCGACAAAGACGACCUCGCCACGGUGGAUGGUACCGUGAUCGACGGCAUGACCGAAACAAUGACAGAUCUUUCCUCCGAAGCUCCUAUCAUUCAAGAGAAGCGGUCAAGAAAGCUCAAGAAAGAAACUGCCAAAGAGCGAAAGGUACGAGAAGCUAACGAAGCCACCUGGGAGGGAGGUCAUGAUGACGAUGUCCGUGCCUACCGACAUGAGAGGCCAGCCCGUGUCGGCGGUCUCAAUAAGGAUUCUGAUGGUCAAUAUUAUGGCACUGAUUACACAGAGUCCGAUCGUACAGGCAGCGAAACCAACAGCAACAGCUAUGCUCCCCCACCUCCACGCCAUUCUUCGCCCGAGAAACGCCAAAAUCGCCGUGAUUUCUCUUUUGGCGAAGAGACUUUCGGUGUGCGAUCACCGCCUACUGCCGCCGCCGCCGAAACCACAACCUCAGCCCGCCCACCUCGCUAUCAUUCCCCCAAUAAGAACACCAGCCCUCAGCGACCAAUUAGAACUGUGCCCGGUGCCUUCAACGAGCCAUUGGACUUUGACGUUCAGAGUCAGAACACAAAGAGCUAUCACCACCCUCUUCCUGGACUGAGCGGUCAGAAUAAGAACGGCGGUGGCUAUCGACGUGAUAGGCGCGACAGUCUCGAUGACUGA